GAUGAUGCUCAGAGCGGAGCGAGGCUUGUUACAAACGAAUUCGUUUCCAUUCAUAAGUAGUCGUAUUUUCUUUGUGUACGGUUGUGCGUCUCGACGAAAAAAUCGAGUGUACUGCGAGAUUGCUUUUUCUAUUGACGGAAUCCUCCUGGUGAAUGUGGCCGUGUGAAAGAUUGGGAAGAAUGUGUUGAUUUUUGGAAUAAAAUUUGUGAAAUACACGAUAUAAAUGAGUGCUUGCUUUCGAAGAAUGUUCGCCUGGGCAAUAUAUCGAAGAAAACUGCUCAAGUAUAGUCUUAUUGCAAGAGGAACCUGCAAAGUUUUGUAGGGAAAAUAUUUUUAAUAGCUGGUUUAGUGGUGACGGGAAGAAAAAGAAGAAGAAGCUUGUCAAGCUGAUUUCUCUGUGGUUGCUGUGUUCGUGAAGAAAAAAUAAGUUUUGACAAAAAAGGUUCGACGGAAAAGAGUAAAAGAGAAAAUUAUUUCAUAGCUGAUGAUUUCAAAAUUGUUACUCGUGAUAAGGGAGGAAAAGUGGAAUGAAACGCAAUUGAAUUGCGCGAUUGAAAAAGCAAAAGUCUACGAAAAAAUGGUGUAAUAGGAGAGAGUGAAAAUAAAUUGCGCCACCGCCUUUUUCCGUACCGAGAGGAAGGCUAUUACUUUCGGAAGGUCCAUCAUCUGCAGCUGUCCCUUUUUGUAAAGGGUUUCUGUGAUACUGUAACAGUUUGACGAGCUGAUCCUCCUGGGUGGAUUUUUGCAAUCGUAGCAGGCAUUUACAGCGCCAUUAAAAUAGGUGCUGCUGCUGUUGGUGAACGUCCAUAAAAUCGGAUUUCUACGAUAACAUGUCAUUGCGUCGUGACGGCCUUUCGGGCAUUCGGUUUAGUGUAUCUAGUUAUAGAUAAGAAGAUUGCACAAAGAGGAAGGAAGUGCACUAUUAUUUGCAAAUCUUGAGCGAAAAUCUCAGUUCGUGGCCAAUAAUUGAUGUAGUAAGAUAUUCAACACGGGGCCUACUUGGUGGUAAAAGUGUAUAAGUUGGUUGCCAUAGUGUUGCCGCUUCGAAUGUCUGUCAGUGUGUUCGUGGCCUGCUAUUAAUAUUUGAAAAAUAGUCCUCGAGUAGCGAGAAGUAAAAAAAAAAAACAAAAUCCCAGUUUACUAGGAUUAUACGACAACUGCCGCUGCUCACCAUAUAAAAAAUGACCGACAAAAUUACCAAAUUCGAAAGGAUGGCGAUGACGAAGCCGGUGCCGAUGAAACUAUUUGCCGCAUGGGAGGUGGAUCGUACGCCAUCCAAUUGCAUUCCAAGAUUAUGCUCCCUGACAAUAACCCGUCUGUCGUUGCUCACCCCACUGCCGCCCGAUCUCACAUCUCUGUCGCUAGCAGUCAAAAUGCAGAGUUCUAAGCGUACGCUUCGUUCACACGAGAUUCCAGUACCCCAAUCGUUGAGCACCGGCUAUGGCAGUACCAUCAGUAGCGGAAAUAUGAGUGGUAGUGCGCCAGGUGUUGUUGGUCAAGGAGGUCAGCUCAAUUCACCUCCCUUAUUGGAAACAGAACUUGAUCUCCACUUCAGUCUACAAUAUCCUCACUUUAUCAAACGGGAUGGCAAUAGACUGUUGAUUUUGCUACAGCGACGAAAGAAGUAUAAAACUCGUACUAUAUUGGGUUACAAAACACUAGCUGAAGGUGUGAUUCGCAUGGAUGCAGUUUUACAAAAAUCUAUGGACAUGACGGUAGAACUCAACGGGUCUGGGAAAGCAGGUCGUCAGGGGCUUACGAUAGCCACUCUACGUGCCACACAGGUCUCUUCCAUUCCAGUGGAUCAAGACAAUAAAAACAACAACAGUCUCUUAGUUACGGAUCGCGUCAAUGAGUAUUCUGAUGAGGAUGAAGAGCAGGAAUUUAGUUCAGGAGACGAUAAUGACGACGGUUUAUCCGGAUAUGCAGCGAAAAGGAAUUAUGCUGGAAAGCGAGAUCCAUACAAGAAAUUUGAUCGUGGUGACAACGAUGGCGACGGAGAUGAUGGGAAUUUGCUACCUUCAAAUCAAGUGGAUAGUGAUAGCGAUUUUGAAAACUUAGGGAAAGAAAAAGGAUCUCGUGCUAAAAUGAGUCGGCAACGAAAUUUUAAACAACGCAUCAUAUCAUUAUUAAAGCGGUUCAAAGUUCCUGACGAACUGGAAGGGGAUGUACCGGAACGUGGGCAAUCUUUGCGGGGCAAACGAGAUUUAGACGCAUUGUUCCAAGAAUUAGAAUCCUUAUCUUGUGGAGAAGGUGAUGAUUCCGGCCAGGACAUGGAUAGUGUAUCAAUUGGAUCAACGCCGAAACCAUCAUUGAGACCAUUUUUCGAAAAUCCGAAGCCAACACUACAACAUCAACAAUCUGCUGUUCAACUAAGUACGCUACAGAAAAGUACCAGAGAUUUUAUGCCUGAAAAGAAAACCAUUUUAGAGAAGCGUGACUCACUCGUCGAAAAGAAAAGCAAUGCAGUAAUAAUUGCCAAUAAUCUUAAUAACAGUAUGAACAACAAUAUCAGUAAUAACAACCAUACUAGCAAUUACAGUAACAGUCUAAGUAACAGCCAAGACCGUUCCGGUGACUGGAAAAAUGAUAGUUCCGGCAAUGAAGGUGGUGCUGGGAAUACGGAUCCUGAAGCAUUAUCAUCGGAUCCCCAGAAUACUGGUAGUCCACCAAAAGAAAAAGAACAAGCGGUUGUGGAAAAGAAAAAUCGUCUAUUUCGUACCAGUAGUAGCACUCCCAAUAGUGCCAAAAAGCAAAAGCAAUCCCUUAGCUUUUCAUCCGGCGAUCAACCUAAAACAUCUCUUGAGACUUGUCUUUCGCCAACAAAUGUAGAGCCUCGUAAAUCACUUCUGGAACAACUGUCGCGCAUAUUCACCACUGAAGAAUCCCAGCUACCGGAUGUAGUUACAAUUAUUGGCCCACCAGAAGCCAGCAGUAGUUCCACUCUUACACCUCGGCUAGUGUCACUCAUAUCAUCAACUUUUCGGCCAACAUUUUCCCCCAAUAACACAGCUGAAGUGAAAGCAAUCACACAAGCACUCAUGAACAAAAUCCAAAAAUACUGUAACUCAACGGCCAAGCCGCCGACGACUGUAAAAGUUUUGUUGGUUGGUGGAGAUUGGCUACAGGGGGCCGUGUUACGCCAUUAUGUUGAGCUUCUCGGAAUUCGUCCACCUGAUUGGGUGAACCAUAUCAGAUUCUACAUUGUUCCAAUUGGUUCCUGUGGAGUGGCGCGGUAUCUAAGCUUGAUUGAUUCGAGCUACUCAAGCAUGUUUGGAACUGAGAACUGGCAACAAAUCUGUGAUCGGGCUGCUAACCUCGAAAGCGCACAAACCAAAAUUGAAUCAGCGGAAAUCAUCAGCCGAAUACAACGCUAUCUGCAUUCUUCUGGGCCUUGCACUCAAGUUCCUAUUGCGGAAGCAAUGGUUAACUAUCGGGAUGAAGAUUCUUGCCAGAUUUUUGUCCCAUUCAUAAGUGAUGUCAGAAUAGGGUGUCUAGAAGGACCGCAGCUUUCGUUAGAUUUGGAAGAAACCAUGACACAAAGUUCGCAGCAAAGCUCGGAUAGAAUUUUAUCAAGUUCGCCACCACAAAGUGGAAGAGCGUCACCCCCUGCUCCAAUAACACCAGCUCCCAUAAUGCAACAUCAAUCGAACAGUAGCGGAAGUCCCCAGGAAUCAGUAGAACUACAGGUGGAUUAUUGGCCGUUGGCUCGACCCAUUUUAGACGCAAAAGAAAAAUCACAGAGUAAGGGUCAAGAUCAGUCAGGCAAAAACAGUAUUAAAAGCACCUUCAGACAUUUGCAGGUUUGGAGACUGCCACUUGCACCAAAUAAUGGCGAAUACACUAACGGUUUAACUUUAAGUUAUGCCACUAAGGAGAAAAAACAGAAGAGCGUUAUGCGGCUUGGCAAGAAGAAGGAAAAAGAUCGCGACGCUGAAAAAGAGCAGUGUGUAGAAGGUGUUGCUAGGCUGAUUUGUUCCCCGAAACAAUCCCAUCCAGUUCCUUUACGAGUUUAUAUCGACGGUACCGAGUGGACGGGGGUGAAAUUCUUUCAACUGUCAUCCCAGUGGCAAACACAUAUCAAAAAUUUUCCAAUCGCUUUAGUUGGAGCACCACUGGCUCCGGCUGAGAUGCUAACCUAGUCAGUUUCUUCAUCCACUGCAUUGGGGGCUGUUGUUAGGUCCGGCAUGAUGACGCAGAAAUCCGCCAUCGUGUUAGGUCUUCCACCAGCGCCGCAGCAGGGAUUGUCAUCAUCGUCCAACAUUAUCGCAUCGCAAUCUUCUACUGCUGGUAAGUCAGAUAAAAAUCGCUGCUCCUCUACUACGUUUGCCAUCACAGGGGCUUCUAUUAUUAGUAGUAACGUUAGUUCUACUAAAGGUAGCGUAAGUGGUAGCAAAAAUACUAUCACUCCUCGGGCCUCACUUAGCAGUUCAUCUCGAAUUCUGAGACCCCGCAGCUGGGCUGCUGCUAGUCGAUCCAACUGCGACUGAAUAGAACAACAUUAAUAAAUACAUGUUUUGUGUAUAACGCUACGCUACCUUGUAAGGCUGUUUAAUAGAAAAAUGUUGGAAGUCAAUUUUAAACGGCUACGCUCAAAACUAUGCGAUUACUUUAGAAACAGGCGUCCAUCUAGCGGGUAAUGUUAUCUACUUGUGUUAUGUCUGCAAACUUGUUUAAGAGACAGUGUAUCUAUUUUUGUUAAAAAAAUGUAAUUGUUGGAAAAUGGUCGCGCUGUUGCAUUUUGUACAAUAACUUUUGGUGAGAAAAUUUCGCUGGUCGUAUUCAACAUCAACGUGGUGAUGUUCAGGCAUUGAUUAACUCGUUCAAUUUUCCCUUUUGAAACUUCGAAUAAGCUUCCCAAAAUACAUAAUCAGAGUCUUAGCCUUUACUCUAUUGACGAUUAGAUUGAAACUAAUUCACAGAUUGAUUUUGAGAUAAAAGAGUUUAAUUUUGAUGUUGAUUGUUGGGCUUAGAUCUGUAUUUUCACAAAGAAAAUAAUUCUUGUUAUUCGAGUUAUUUCAUAAAUGCGUGGUACCAUUUAUGAAAUAACUCGACCAUCAAGGAGACGCAGUGCUGGACAAAAUAAAUUACGCAUUGGCCGGAAAGGUCAUUUUUGGAGGCCUGGAUCCCAGCUUCUCAUAAAUAGCUUGAUAUUUACUCAUCAAAAUAUUAAAAUUACAGUAUUGCAUAUCACAAUUUUUUAAAAUAUGAAUAAUUCACAUUUUUGUGAAAAAUUUCAUUACUUCCAAUUUGAAGCAUUUUGCAAUUUUACUAAUAAUAUAUUCGUCAAGCUUGUUUAUCUUA